AUGGAUUUCUUGAGUCCGGUUGGUGAGCUAUUUCUCUUCAUCUGGGGUCCUGUUUCUCGACAAAUCAGUUAUCUCAAACGCCUUAAUCACAACAUGGAGAAAUUGACGAGCGAAACCCAAGAACUUAAGUGCAAGCGUGAUGAAAUUCAAGCCGAAUUCCAGGCUGCUAUAUCAGUUGGAAAAAAUCCCGUACGCCAGGUGGACAAUUGGCUCAUUGAAGUCAGCAAUAUCGAAACUCAAGUUGAUUCGAUGCUAUUGCAGUUUAGCCGAAGGAGAAGCAGCUGCUUGAAUUGCUGUUCCGCCGAUCACUUGUCUCGCUUCAAAUUGGGUAAAAAGGUCGUUAAAAGGCUCAAAGAUGUCCAAAACCUCAAAGGGAAAGGAGUCUUUGAUACCGUUGCUGUCAGCCCUCCGCGGCCUCGGGUUUUAGAGAUGCAAACAUCAUUACCACGUGGACAACAAAGCACGUCUGAGCAAACAUUGGAAGAGAUAUGGCAAUGCUUACAUGAUGAGGAAAGCAGGAUCAUAUGUGUGUUUGGGAUGGGUGGAAUCGGGAAAACCACUCUCAUGAAAUCCAUAAACAAUAGGCUCAUUGGGACCCAUGAUUUCGAUGUUGUGAUUUGGGUGACUGUGUCUAAAGACCUUAAUUUGGGAUUAAUCCAAGCGAAGAUUGGGAAUAAGUUGGGAAUGAUAUUCUGUGAGAAUGAGGAGAAGAGGGAUAGGUUAUUUACUCGUCUGAAGAAUGUGAGGUAUAUGCUCAUCUUAGAUGAUCUUUGGCAAUCAUUUAGCUUGGAUCAAGUCGGAAUUCCAAAGCCGGACGAAGAAAAUAGAUGCAAGAUUGCGAUAACCACUCGAUCAGUUGCAGUGAGUAAUGCAAUGGAGGCUGAUAGAAAAAUUAGAGUGAAGACUCUUACAAGUGAGGAAGCGUGGAAUUUGUUUUGUGAAAAAUCUGGGAAUGUGGUUCUAUCACCCGAGAUUCGACCAGUAGCAGAGAAGGUUGUGGAGGAGUGUGGCGGAUUACCACUUGCAAUCAAGACAGUGGGACGGGCUAUGCAUGGUAAGGAUAAGACAGAGGUGUGGCAGAAUGCAUUGAGGGGUUUGAAAGGAUCAGCGCCAGAGGUUCCAGGUAUGGAAAGAGAUGUGUUUCUUCCUUUGAAACUUAGUUAUGAUUGCCUAGAAGAUGAUAAGAUCAAACUGUGUUUCUUGUAUUGUUCGAUAUUUCCAGUAGAUUAUGAAAUAAAGAUAGAUGAAAUCGUAACAUACUGGGCCAUGGAAGAAGGAUUGCUGGAUAAUGUAAAUAACUUGGAGGAAGCAUCAAACAAGGGGCAUGAUAUCCUUGAAAGAAUCAAGGACGCGUGCCUCUUGGAGGAAGGGCAUCGAGGUGACAAAUAUGUUAGGAUGCAUGAUUUGCUCCGUGACUUAGCCAUUUGGAUCACAUCACCAUCGUCAUCAUCAUUAUCUUCAUCAUCAUCGAACCAAGGCUCAAAAUUCCUAGUAAAAGCUGGAGAGGGACUAGUUCAGCCACCAGAAGAAAAAAUGUGGGAAGGGAUCGAAAGGAUUUCAUUGAUGCGCAAUGAAAUAAAAGAAUUCCAGAUUAAGCCCAAUUGCCCUACCUUGAUCUCCUUAUUCCUCCAAGGCAAUGGACAAUUGCAUACCAUUCAUACUAGCUUCUUUGAACUCAUGCCAAAGCUUCAGGUUCUUGAUCUAAGUGAUACUCGCAUCGAAUCACUUCCGGCUUCGUUUUCAUUAUUGGGGAAUCUACGUGUGCUCAUUUUAAGAUCUUGCAUGCAUUUAGUCGAGGCACCACCACUGGAACUGCCAAAGCUUGAGGUUCUUGAUCUAAGUAACACUCACAUUGGUUCACUUCCAGUGUCAUUAUCAUUACUUGUGAAUUUAGGUGUACUCAUUUUAAGAUUCUGCAAAUAUUUACUAGAAGUGCCGCCACUGGAACAGCUAACGAAACUCCAACUUCUCGAUCUGUCGCAUUCCAACAUCAGAAGCUUGCCUCAAGGAAUUGCAAACUUGGUUAAACUAAAGCAAUUGAAUCUGUCACAUAUGAAUAUUCUUGCUGAAAUUCCCCACAAUAUCAUAUCCAAGCUAUCUUGUCUGGAAGAACUAAACAUGUUGGGGCUGAAACAUGCAAAUGGAGCUAUUCUGCGGAAGGUAGCAACCUUUACAAGCCUUACUUCCUUAAGUAUUGACGUACCUGAUUUUCAUGGCAUCCGGGCAAAUGAUGCACACCAUUCAAGGUGGCCGGUCUUAAGAGAAUUGAAUGUUCACGUUGGUUCGAAGAACUUUUGGUUUGCAGAUUAUGAUAAGCAGAUGAACAUCUGUGGUUGUGACUAUUUCCCCCAUGGGAUUGAGGAGUUGGUAAAACAAGCUGAGUUCCUACGUUUCGACGGAUGCACAGGUAUAACAUGUCUUUCUCGAUUAGUAGGUGGUUCGAAGAGCUUAAAAUGGCUUAAAGUCAUUUUAUUCAGUGGACUGGAAUGCAUUGUAGACUGGAGAGAUUUGAGAGAUGAUGCUUUGCAAUGUUUGGAGCAGUUGCUUCUCCAUACUUUACCAAACUUGGAGAAGGUAUUCAAUGGUGGAAUGCCACCACAACAUACACACCUUCAGCAACUAAGCCAAAUAGUGGUUGUAGGUUGCCCCAAGUUAAGGUGCCUCUUCUCCUCUUAUAUAAUAGAACAUCUGCAUCAGUUGGAGGAACUUCAAGUAAGAGAUUGUGAUGGAAUGGAGGAGAUUAUAGAAGGUGAUAUGCUGCCAGAGAAUUCGCUCCCGAGAUUACGCUUACUAUUGCUGGACAAUUUGCAGAAAUUAUCAAGCAUUUGUAUCCCACAUUCUUUCUUCACAUCUUUGAAAGUGAUCCGUGUAGUUUCAUGUCCUAAGCUAAAGAAGCUCCCACUCUUGUGCUCUAGCAUACAAGAAAUACAAGGACAAAUCAUAGGUGAAAGAGAUCAAUGGUGGGAUGGAUUGGAAUGGGAAGAUGAAAACUCCAAGUCCCUCUACACUAGAAUUUAUGUGGAGCCUCAGCCCGACCAACGUAAGAACUUCCUUUUCCCCCUCAUCAUGGAACAAGGGAACAUGGGAACACCAUCUUCAUCUACAUGA